UUUUAUAGGCGAACCAACCCAGACCUCCUCCUCUUUUGUUUCCGAACCGGCGACAGCCGCGAAGACAAAGCACUGUUGAGCGGCAUGCUUGGAGACGUCGAACUCUGGUUCCCGUUUCUGCAGUCGGCGAGACGAGAUACACGGCAUUUGCUCAUAUGGCUUUCCUUCUACAGAUGAUGGAGAGAUGAUGAGGCCUUGUCAUUAUGAUGCUUCCAUAUGGAGGAGAACAUCCUCUCCUCCAAGAGAGGUUCUCCAUGUUUGUCUUGAUUGAUAUUUAUUGGAGGCAUGAAGAGGGUUGUCACUAAUGUCUCAGGCCAUUUGUUUAACACCUGUUGCCAUCAGCUUCACCGGGAAUAUUCAAGUAUCUUAUUGUUGUUCUUCCCUUGUAGAUGUUUGAGCUUAAGACAUUUCUCCUCAGGAUCAACUGCUGCCAGACCUUUUCCUGAUUAUUCGUCAAAAAAGCCUACCAUCAAAGACUCCGAGCUUGUUUAUCAUAUUUCCACCACAAUAAAAUUACGCCGCACUGAGCCCCUUCACCUUAUACUUAAGCCUUAUGAGUCCAAGUUUAGGCCUGACCAUCUGAUUUGGGUUCUCAUGAACAUUAAGAAUGACUACAAGCUGGUUUUGGACUUCUUUGAUUGGGCAUGCCUUCGAAGAGAACCAACACUACAAGCUCGUUGCAUAGUUGUUCAAGUAGCUAUGGCUUCUGGGGAUCUAAAAACAGCUCAUGAUCUUAUUGGCGAUGUUUUUUUAAAGCCCAAUCCAGAGACCAGUAUAUGGUUUAUUCGUUUUGGUGAGCAGUUAAUAUAUACAUACAAAGACUGGGGAUCUAAUCCCCGUGUGUUCGACAUAUCCUUCCAAGUUCUUGUUGAAGCCGGUUUUUUUGCCGAAGCAAGAAAAUUCUUCCACAAGUUGUUGAAUUUCGGGGUAGUCAUCUCUGUUGAUUCUUGUAAUUUAUACCUCACUCGGCUUUCUCAUAACGUGGACAGCCCUCAAAUUUUGAUGAAGGCAUUCAACGAGCUUGGUGAUCUUGGUAUUAGUUGGAAUACCGAAUCAUUUAAUAUCUUAAUACAUUCACUUUGUCGAUUUCAAAAAAUAAAAGAAGCUCACAGUCUACUCUGGCAAAUGGAGUUGAGAGGCCGGUCGCCGGAUGUUGUAAGCUACAGCUCUAUAAUUAAUGGUUAUUGCCAUGUUGGCGAACUUCAGAUUGUGUUGAAGCUCAUAGAGGAAAUGCAAAUAAGAGGCUUGAAGCCGAACCAUUUUACCUACAGCAGUAUAAUUGUUCUUCUAUGUAAGUCCGCAAAAAUAGCAGAAGCUGAACUGGUCUGUCAGGAUAUGAUAAACAAUGGAAUGUAUCCUGAUAGUGUUGUUUAUACAACUCUUAUAGACGGAUUCUGCAAGUUAGGAAAUUUUGUUGCUGCUUUUAGUCUGUUUGGUGAAAUGCAAAGUCGGGGAGUUGCCCCUGAUUUUGUGACAUAUACUGCUCUUAUUUGUGGGUUUUGCCAAAGUGGAAAAUUGAUGGAAGCAGAUAAACUAUUUGAUGAGAUGAUUGAGGGUGGCUUUAAACCAGAUGAAGUUACCUACACCGCACUUAUUGAUGGUUAUGGCAAGGCUGGUGAGGUUGCAAAGGCAUUUUCUCUUCACAACCAGAUGGUAAAGAUAGGGCUUACCCCAAACAUAGUUACGUAUACUGCCCUGGCUGACGGCCUUUGUAAACGUGGAGACAUGGAUUCAGCAAAUGAGCUUCUUCAUGAGAUGCAGAGGAAAGGCCUUCAACUGAAUCUUUGCACUUACAAUGCCAUUCUUAAUGGUCACUGUAAAGCAGGAAAUAUUGAUCUAGCUGUGAGACUCAUGGAAGAUAUGGAGUGUGCUGGGAUUCAUCCAGAUACCAUUACCUACACAACUUUAAUGGAUACCUAUUGUAAACUCGGGGAGAUGGCGAAAGCUCAUGAACUCCUUCGGCAAAUGUUAGCUAAGGGUCUUCAACCAACUGUUGUUACAUUCAGUGUGCUGAUGAAUGGAUUCUGUAAUUCAGGUAUGCUUGUGGAUGGCGAACAACUACUAAAAUGGAUGCUGGAAAAGGGUCUUAAUCCAAAUGCUGCCGUUUACAAUUCUCUGAUGAAACAGUAUUGCAUUAGAAAUAACAUACGUGCCACCACCGAGAUCUAUCGGGACAUGUGUGCGAGAGGAGUCAUGCCUGAUGGUAACACUUAUAACAUAUUGGUACGGGGCCAUUCUAAAGUGAGGAAUAUGAAAGAAGCAUGGUUUUUGCAUCGUGAAAUGAUUGGGAAGGGAUUUAUACCAAGUGCUCCUUCAUACAAUGCACUUAUUAAGGGACUUUUAAAAAAGAAGAAAUUUUCUGAGGCCAGGCAACUAUUUGAAGAGAUGAGAGCACAGGGGCUGGUUAUAGACAGAGAGAUCUACAAUGCCUUUGUGGACAUGAUGUAUGAUGAAGGAAAAAUAGGAAAUAUGCUUAAUCUUUGUGACGAGGUGAUAGAGAAAUCUCUUUUGGAUGUGGAAAAGAGUGGGAACUAAUAAUGUUGAGUACUUGCUGUUUCCAUGUCAUUCGGCAAAUUCCAAUUUGGUUUUGAUUGAGUUGCAGGGUUGAUUCCAACCUAAGCAGUUUUGGAGAGAAGUCCUUCAAGAGGGGCUAUUUAAAGCUGGCACUUGAAUCCUUGAUGUCUUGGCAAUUCAGCAAGUAUGAUUUGCAGAUCAUAAAAGUUGGAUAAAUUUAUUCCCAUGAUCAGCUGUGGAGACCUAUUGCUCUCACUACCUCUGAGGCGGCUUCCAAACUCCCGUUACUACCUCUUGAGGCAGCUUCAAAUACCAAGAUUGAAUCAACGGGUAUCUGCCUCAAGAGCGAGCUGCCAUCUCCUGUGGACCCACCAGCAAUAAUGCUUGCUGUCACAAACUCAAAUGCUUUAAUAUUCUUGGCAGCCUGAGGAGAGAAUCAUCAUACAGGCCUGAAAGCUUUGCCUGUCGAGUGGCGAUCUUAGGGAGGAGGCCACUUGCCAGCUCUUCCUGGUUUGGGACUGCCAUUGUCACGGCAGGAAGGUCGAUCAUCUAGUUUACC